CCCUAGGGCCGCGGCCUCCGACGGGCCCGACCGCCCCUCAGCCCCCUCUCAGAGCGGGGCCAGGGCCAACCCCGAGGGGGUGCGGCCCCGCGGUGCCCCCGCCGCCCGGGCGUGCCGAGCAACCGGGCGGGGUGAGCGGACCGCGCCGAGAUGGGCUGUAACGACAAUCGGCGCGUCCCGACGGUUGGUGCGGGAUGGCGAGGAUAGCGCUGUGCCAGCCCCGCCGCCUCUACAACAUCCUCAACCAGUACCGGCGUUUCCCCCGGCUGUCGGAGCCCAACUACCUGUGCCUGCUGGAUGCCCGGACUCAGCGUGAAUACAAUGAGAGCCAUAUCAUUACAGCACGCAGGAUUGAACAGAGUCCUACGGGGGAGUAUCUGGUACCGGACUACGAGGAGCUGAGGUGUGUCAGAUACUGUGUGGUGUAUGACUACGACACCAGCUCUUUGGAUUGCUGUGACAAUGGGAAAAAGGAGAAGGAAAAAGGGAACAGUGCUUCAGAGGCUGCAAAGACUGACUCAGAUUCCUCCUGUUCACAGGAUGCUGAGGAAGGAACUGCCGUCCGAUACGCCAGAAGCUUGGAGCAGUUCACUCGCAAUCCUGUGCUUGUCCUGAGGGGAGGAUACAAGCAUUUUUCAGCUUGCUAUCAUUUUCUGGGGACUCAGAAGUUAUUUUGGAUGCCUCAGGAACUAGACAACCUCCAGCUGUACCCUGUAGAAAUACUGGAGGGAAAGUUAUAUAUGGGCAAUUUCAAACAGGCCUGUGAUAAAAAAAUUCAGAAAGAUCUGAAGAUCAAAGCACAAGUCAACAUCUCUGAAGAGCCUGCCACACUGUUUGCAGAAGGAGACAAUUACCUCCAUAUUUCUGUUCCAGAUGCAAUUGAAGCAGAUCUUUUUUCUUCUUUCGCCACCAUUUCACAUUUCAUAGACGCUCAGCUGGAACACGGAGCAGUGCUGGUGUUCUCCAAACUGGGAAUAAGCCGGAGCAGCACAGCAAUCAUGGCCUAUCUUAUCCAUUCCCACCAGUUUUCCCUGAAGAAAGCUUGGUACUAUGUUCUGGAGUGCAAAAUGAAUGUGAUACCACACCGGGGCUUUGUGAAACAGCUCUUAGACUGGGAGACCAAAGUCUAUGGGGUGACACUCACAGACUUCUCUGAACUAAAUUACUGACAGGUAGCAAAGAGAACAGCCAGCAGGAAAAAGCUUUUUACUGUUUGAGCCACCGUGUUGGUAGGAAGUUACCUGAACUCUUGUUUGAAAAACAGAUCUUAGCGUAAAGGAAAUACUUUCCUUUUUACCUCCAUAUUUUUUGGGAUCACGUUUUGAAGCCAUUUGGGAAACUUAUCUGUGCUGCAGAAGGUGCUGGUGAAGGUGAAACAGAAUUUCCCUGUUUCAGAAGUUCCUCCUCUCUGUGUGUGCCUUCUCAGCUGCCCACGGACACAGCGUGUCACAGACUCGCUGGCUGGGUUGUCUGUCAAGACCACGUUUACUUAACACCUCCUAAUACAACAACCAAACCACUUGGCAUGGCUGGUAACUUUGAUGCACCAAUUCUUUUAUGUUAAACCUAAACUCAUACUGUCCUCUGUCCUACUGCACUGUGAAUUCUUCAUGUUGGCAUUACAAAAUAAAACGUUACAGAAAACA